GGCAGCUCCGCGCUCCUUCCCGGACCGGAACCGACUGAGAGUUCUCCGGGCUGUUCCUGCUUUUAACCCGCUGCGCUCUCAGAGGCGGUCCGUACCUCCAGUGGCCAAACCAGGUGCCGGUAUUCAAAUCCAAGCACUGAUUGGUCUGACCCAACCUCCCAAAAAACUCACUUCCUUCCUAACCGACGACAGCGCCGCGUCACUGACCCGCGCCGGGCGCUCUGCGAGUGACGCGCGCGCCGCGAAUCAGACGGCGGGAAGCGGCCAUGGCUGAAUGUUUAUCAGAAAUCAGUAACACAGCUGGUCCUGUAGAUGGCAAGGAAGAACUCUUGCAUGAAUGCGAGAGUAUUUGGAAGCAGAUGGAAGAGUGUCAGAGCAAGCUAAUGCUUCUAGGAACAGAGACACUGGUACCAUCAGAUGCCAAGCUUUCCUUGUUAAUGCUGCGAUGGAAAGCUUUAACAGGAGAUUUUCGUCAGUGGCAAGCAAGAGAUCCUGAAUUAAUUUCUACCAAUCCAGAUGUACUGUUAGAAACAGGAAAAGAAGAGUUGCAGAAAGUAAAAAAUGAUCUUGAAAUGGUGCUGUCAACAGUUCAAACAAAGAAUAAACAACUGAAAGAAGAUCUGAAAAGAGAACAGCAGUGGUAUGAGGAACAGAAACAGAUGCUAGAGACUCUUAGUAAAAUGGAAGAAGAGGCAAACACCCAAGAUGAACAUCGUUCCACAAAAAGAGAACUCAAUGAACUGAAAAAUAAAAUUCUGAAGUUAAAGACCUUUAAGAAAGAACUCUUGAAUGCUUUGGGUGAAUUCCUGGAUGAACAUUUUCCCCUUCCAGAGAGAAGUGAAAAUAUUAAAAAAACGAGGUCUUCAGCAAAGCCAGUUGUAGAACUGAUAACAUUGCAAGAAAUUUUAGAGAUGCUGAUAAACACAUUAAUGGCCACACCACAUGAACCUUAUAUAACAAUCAAUGAGUCAUUUUGGCCACCUUAUAUUGAGCUGCUGCUGCGAUAUGGAACGGUUCUGAGACAUCCAGAAGAUCCAAACAGAAUGCGCCUCCAAGCUUUUCACAAGUAGUGUGACCUACACAUGCACUUGAAAAUAAAACUACACCAGUACUCUUAAUUCAGGGCUAGGACAUCCUUAGGUUUUCUACUAAACUUUCUUAGUAUCAAACAUCACUUCCUGUUGGAUGAUUUUUUUUUCUUCUGUAUUAAAUUGAAUAUUUAAGAACAUAAAAUGAGGAAAAAGAAAAAAAAUCCAUUUUAACUGCUUACAGUUGGCCUUCAGUGUUAUAUCAAGAUUUGCAUUUUUUUUUUAUGGAAAGUUUUUUUCACUGCUUCUGUAAGAUGCCAAUUCAUGUAAUAGACAAAUAUGUUUAACAGUCCUUUUUAACUUUAAAAACCAUAUUUUUACAUUACUUCUAUGGUUUAGAUUUCUUAGAUUGCCUGAAGUAGUUUUUAUUUCCUUUAUUAUUUUCUUGUAUUCUGUAGAGGCAAAAUUCAGAAUAACACCACUCCUGUACAUGGUCUUGCAAACAUUUGGAACUAACAGAGAGGUAUUCUCUCAAGAAUGUGUUAUGCCUUGUUUGUUUCUCAGAGCCUUUGCAAACAAUUUUACUGGCUCCAAGAUAAACACUUAGGAAAGCUGACACAUCUUAAAGUGCAAAGUGCAGCAGAUUUUGAGUCUGUGCCUUUCACUGCAUGCUCCCCAAAUGGCCCACUUUGUGUUAUGCUAUAUUGCCUUACAGUAUCUGUCUUCACUUUUUUAGACCUAAUUUAUCAAGGCUUUUAAUGGGUCUCUGUUCUGUUGAUCAGCUUCUAAGUUACGUCAGUUGAGAGUUACCUUAAGACUCAAUGCUGGCAUUCUUUACAAUCUCAGUCUUUUCUGUAGCUAUUUUUAUUAUAUUGUAUUGAUUUUAAAAAUUCUACUCUUGCUUAUCUGUAGUAACUAAAUUGUCCUUUAUUAACCUGAUUGUAGUUUACUGAGGGAGAAACGGGUGUUUUUUUAAUUGAUGGAAAAAUAAAGAGUUGUAUACUAUCAUA